AGUGGCUGAAUCCGCGCAACAGACAUUAUGAUGGGAGCUCCCGCUGUAGGAGCCAGUGCACAAGAGGGCGAUCUACUCUAACAAACUACCCGCGACUCUCAGCUUGUCCUCCUCCGUGUUCCUGUCACAUUGUUCAACAUGGCGGCGGCCAUGGCGAGGGUCUGCCGUUGUGCAUGGCGGCACGGAUGCUACAGUCUGCCGAGGCGAGCGGGUCUUCGCCUCACGCCCAGGUCUAAAUUUCACGGCUCUUCAGCGGCACUUAACGGACUACUGUAUUCUCUACACAAACGCGGGAUUCUGAAGGAAUCGUUCCCAGAAAACGCAGCGCAGGACGAGCUUCCUCAGCUGCUGCAGUCCGGCGCUCAGACUGUGUACUGCGGCUUUGACCCGACGGCCGACAGCCUCCAUGUGGGGAACUUGCUCGCUAUCAUCGGCCUGUUGCACUUCCGAGACGCCGGGCACCAUGUCCUCGCCGUGCUCGGAGGGGCAACAGCACAAAUCGGCGACCCGAGCGGGAAAACGAGCGAGAGGGAGCGGUUGUCCGCGGAUGCUGUCGAGCAGAACACCCGCAGCAUCCGGGAGAGCAUCCAGAGGAUAUUCACCAACCACGAACUGCACUUUCACGACCGCUCCAGGAAGCUGGGCACGGUGACCGUGCUGAACAACCUGAGCUGGUACAAGGACCGGAGCGUGAUAGGGUUUCUGUCAGAGGCCGGAAGGCACUUCAGGAUGGGCACCAUGCUCAGCCGCCACAGCGUGCAGUCCAGGCUGAGGAGCGCUGACGGUAUGAGCCUGACAGAGUUCACCUACCAGGUGUUCCAGGCUUAUGAUUUCUACCACCUGAACCAGGUAUACGGCUGCAAGAUUCAGCUCGGGGGCACCGACCAGCUGGGCAAUUUGAUGUCUGGCCAUGAGUUCAUUCACAAAGUGAGCGGCGAGGCGGUGUAUGGCCUCACCAUGCCCCUGGUGACCAGCUCUGUCGGGGACAAGUUGGGGAAGACGGCAGGCAAUGCUGUAUGGCUCAACAGAGACAAGACGUCCCCCUUUGAACUCUACCAGUUCUUUCUCAGGCAGCCUGACGCCAGUGUGGAAGGGUACCUGAAACUGUUCACCUUCCUGCCUCUGGCAGAGGUGGAGGCGGUGAUGGAGCAGCAGAGAGAGGAUCCAGGUAAACGACUCGCACAUAAACGACUGGCUGCGGAGGUGACGAAACUGGUGCAUGGAAAGGAAGGGCUGGAGAGUGCAAAGAGGUGUACCAACGCGCUGUACCACAGCAGCGUGCAGGCCUUGGAGGAAAUGAGUGAUGAGGAGCUUCAGGAGCUCUUCAGAGAGGCUCCCUUCCACGAGUUGCUGUUGGAGCCGGGAACCACUGUGAUAGACGCCUGCCGUGCGAUCAACGCCAUCCCAGACGGAGCCAAAGGUUAUCGAAUGGUUUCGGAGGGAGCCGUGUGGAUGAACCACGGACGGGCAGACAAACCAGAGCAGGUACUGAUCCCUAAACUCCAUAUCCUAUCAAAUGGACUUACGUUGGUCAGAGUGGGCAAAAGGAACUUCUACAUCAUCAAGUGGCUCAGCCUCUGAGGUCAUCUGCUUUCAUAUGGGACCAGUUUGGCAUGAUGGACUGACUGGGAAGGUAGGCGACUACACCUCUGCAGGGUCAAAGAGGAGAUGUUGAUGGACUUUGGAAUAUGCUGGGUUUUUGGCCUAAACCCUUAGCUGUGGUUGUCAAAGAAAUAUUUAUAUGUACAGAUGUAAUGAUUGUCUAAAGCGACGGUAUUAAAAGAUAUUUGAUAUAA